AUAAAUUUUAGUUUCUGUUGAUGAGACUUUCAAAAACGUGGCGGGUGUUCUUUCCCACGCCGUUUCCAAAAACAUUCGAUCGCCAAUUUAAUAUGUCGGAGAUCUACGAUAACUGUUGACAUAAACCCUAAUUUUUCAGACAGAACAACCACAGAUCUGAAAUAAGAAAGCCAUGGAUCCUCAGUUUCAGCAUUUGCCUCCUCUCAAAAAAUUAAGACUAAUGCAGCGAGAUCUCGAACGUGCGCACCAGCAGCAGCAGCUACCGAGCCAUUCCGAGGAGGUGAAGUCGUUGCAGUUACCGGGGAAGAAGAGGAAGCAGUCUCGUCUUGAUUACGACGAUGACGCCGCCGCCACCUAUCCUUGUCUUCCGAAGAAGAAGAGAAUUUGGGCGAUUGAUCCAGAUCUCCUCUACGGUAAUCUAUUCUCUCCAUUUGAUCUAAGUGCUGAGUAUACGCCUCCUGUAAUCGAAAAUGAUCGAACUUUAUUAGUCGAAUCGAGUCUAGAAGUAGAAGAUGGUGAUGAUGGUGAUAAAGAGAAUAUUGAUCCUUUAGAAGAAGAAGAAGAUGGGAUUAUGUGUGAUGUUUGUCAAAGCACAGACGGUGAUCCAUCGAACCCAAUCGUGUUCUGCGACGGUUGCGACUUAAUGGUCCAUGCUUCUUGCUAUGGUAACCCUUUGGUUAAGGCUAUACCAGAAGGUGACUGGUUUUGCGGACAGUGUAUUGCAUCAAAGAAGAGAGAAAAGCUUAUCUAUUGCUGCUUGUGUACAACAAAAGGUGUGGCGAUGAAACCUACGAAGGAUGGUCGAUGGGCUCACAUCACAUGCUCGUUGUUUGUGCCGGAGGUCUACUUUGAGGAUCCUGAAGGAAGGGAAGGGGUUUGUUGCAGCGAGAUACCGAGCAAGAGAUGGGAAGAUGGGUGUUACUUGUGCAAGAUUAGAGGUGGGUGUGUUAUAGAGUGUUCGGAGAUGAAGUGUGAGUUGGCUUUCCACGUUACUUGCAGGUUGAAGGAAGAUCUUUGUGUUGAGUGCCGUGAAGGCAAGAAGAGUGGUGGUAUUGUUGUUGGUUUCUGUGAUGAGCAUACUAAACUGUGGGAAAGGGUAAGAUCUGCAUCAUAUACUUAUCUAUUUAGCUGUGUGUUUUUAUGUGUAGGGAUUAGUUUUUGAUGAUAAGUUUUUGUUUUUCAGCAACAGGAAAGUGGGAAGUACAAGAUUGUUGCCAGAAAUUAAGAUAACAAGUUGCAGAAAGCUGGAAGGCCAGAAGAACUCUUUUACUUGCAACUCCAAGAAGUUUCAUGCUCGGCAAGUUUUAUGCUAUGUUCUAUGUUUGAAUUGUUGUUAUUAACUUGCAUAAGGCUAAAGCUUGAUCAAUCUAAUUCCUUUCUCAUUGUAUCCUUUUCUGGUUUAUGUCAUGAGGAUCAUUAAUUAUAUUUUCUUUUGGAAGAUAGAUCAGGAUGCUGAUCAUCUUCUGCUCUUUA